GCAGGAUGAAAAAUUGGCGAGCGCUCGGGAGGGAAACCGGAAGUGGCGCGCGGGGUUGAAAGCUGAGGUUCUCUUGGCUGAGGGCGGCAGCAGACGUUGUGCAGACCGAGCGGGGGGUGCCAGGAGCCAGCAGGUCGAGGCCGCCGAUGGCCAGGAACCCUCCUGAGGGCACAGGCCCCAUGCACGUGCCUUUUGGGCAUGUUGUGGCCAACGAGAAGUGGCGCGGGUCGCAGCUCGCGCAGGGGAUGCAAGGGAAAAUUAAAAUCGUGUUUGAGGAUGGCCUGGCACCGGUAGAUUUUUACUUGUCAAGCAGAUCUUGCAUUCUUUAUGUCACCGAAGCUGAUUUGGUGGCAGGAAAUGGCUACAGGAAGAGGCUUGUUCGGGUUAGAAAUUCUAGUAAUCUUCAAGGGAUUGUAAUAGUUGAGAAAACACAGAUGAGUGAACAAUACUUCCCGGCCAUACAGAAGUUUACAGUGCUGGACCUUGGGAUGGUGUUGCUUCCAGUGGCCAGCCCAAUGGAAGCGUCCAGCCUUAUCACCCAGUUGGUUCAAGAACAAACCAAAGAGCCCAGUAAGAACCCUUUCCUCAGUAAGAAACGGGGUCAGAUCCCUGAGCUAUCCCUCCUUCGAACUGUGCAACAGAUCCCAGGAGUUGGAAAAGUUAAAGCCCCCCUUCUCCUUCAGAAGUUCCCAAGUAUCCAACAGCUAAGUAAUGCUUCUGUCCGAGAACUGGAGCCAGUCGUGGGACAAGCAGCAGCACAGCACAUUCAAGCCUUCUUCACGCAGCCCAGCUGACAACUCUUCUCACAGCUUGGACCGCAAGCUACUGGAUCAUGUUCAGUUUUCAUAUUUAAAAUUGGAGAACAAAGACCUUCCUUUCACAGCAUGUAAUGAGUGACUGGGGUAAGGCAUGCACGGAAGCUGCCAAUUACCCUGUCUUGCUCUCUGGGUAUGGGCAUUUAAGUUGGUGGGCUCCAAAUAGCACGGCCCUCGUGCUGCUAGUGGAAGAGGAGGCGUGGAGGGCACUCCUGGUCGGCUCUACUGAGCAUGUGACUCUUGAUCUUGGGGUUGUGAGCCCCACUUUGGGGGUACCAAUUACUUAAAAAAAAAAAACCACAAUCUUAAAAAACAAAAAACAAAAAACACACACACACAAAAACAGGGACCCCAGGGUGAUGCAGUUGGUUGAGUGUCCAAUUCUUGGUUUCGACUCAGCUCAUGAUCUCAAGCUUGAGCCCCUCACUGGGCUCCAUGUUCAGCAUGGAGUCCGCUUGGGAUUCUCCCUCUCCCUUUCUCUCAAAAUAGAUAAAUAAAUCUAAAAACAAAAACAAAGUCUUUAAGAGAGAGUGAGAAUGAGCCCAUGGGGAUCUUCCUGAGAGAGUUUACUAAUGGACUCUCAAAUUCAGCAAAAAGCUGGCCUGGGCAGAUUGACUAGUGUCUAUCAUGGAAAGGUCUAAUCAGAUCAGGAGGUAGAUGUGACCUUCUAAAGGAAACAGACCUACAAUGAAGCGCUGUGCUGUGUACCAUAAACUCCUUGUUCCUGGUGGCAGAGCCAGUGUUCUUCCAACAUGGUCUUAAUAUUGCUUGCUGUUUUAAGGGUGUUGCCAGUGUAAAUAAACAAUUGUACUGGCUUUUC